GCAGCCUUGCAAACGGGGAGAAAUUUUCCGUCAUUCUUUUCAAAAUUUUCAAGUGAAGCAGACGUAUCGAAAAAAAAAAAGAAUUUUCCGGAAACUCUUUUCCAAAUCUCAAGUUGUUUCAAAAAGUUUCGAACUUACAAAAAAGAAAACUUCAAUAAUGAGCUUCAGCAACCGCGAAACCAUUUCCGUUCACAUCGGCCAAGCCGGAAUCCAGUUGGGAAAUUCCACUUGGGAACUCUAUUGCCUGGAGCACCAGAUCGGCCAGGAUGGCAAACUGCAGGAGCAGGAACCGAACUGCACCGACGACGGUAACAGCUUCUGCAGCACGUUCUUCCAGCGAACUGUAGCGGAUAGCUAUGUCCCGCGAGCCGUUUUGGUCGACACGGAACCUACGGUAAUCGAUCAGGUGAAGACCGGUGCGUUCCGAAGCCUGUUCCAUCCGGAUAAUCUGAUCAGUGGCAAGGAGGACGCGGCGAACAAUUUUGCUCGGGGUCACUUCCACAUAGGGAAGCAACUGGUGACUGAUACCAUGGAUGUUAUCAGACGGAUGGCCGAAGAGGCCAACAGCCUUCAAGGGUUCUUCAUGUUCCAUUCGUUUGGCGGUGGAACCGGUUCGGGGUUCACGUCCCUGCUGGCGCAAAAGCUGGCCGAUAACUUUUCCAAGAAGUGCAAGCUGGAGGUGGCCAUUUACCCGUCUCCACACAUCUGCACCAGCGUGGUUGAGCCGUACAACUCCGUGCUGACCACGCACAUGUCGAUGGACCACACGGACUGUACCUUCCUGGUGGACAACCAGGCCAUCUACGACAUCUGUAACACGAAGUUGAACGUCGAGCGUCCGGAGUAUACCAAUCUGAAUCGGUUGAUCAGUCAGGUCGUGUCAAGCAUAACGGCCUCGCUGCGGUUCGGCGGUGCACUGAAUGUGGACAUGAACGAGUUCCAGACCAAUCUCGUGCCAUACCCGCGCAUCCACUUUCCGCUGGCGUCGUUCGCUCCGGUAGUGCCGGUCGAGAAGCGGAAUCAUUCAA